CGAAGGGAAUGUGUCGCCGCGCGUUGCCGUUCCCCUCGUAGCCGCGCCGCGACGGGUGUCAACUCUCGCGCUGCUCUCGUUACCCUCUCACCGUCGUCGUCGUCGUUGCGUCGCCACUCGCCGCCGUCCACCCUCGCCGCGAUCCUUACCCGUCAUGGAGACUCGUAACUCCCGUGCGACACGGUGAAGCGCGACGGGGCGCUCUAUAUCGCGCGGCCAACUUCAGUGUGUUCCGCGCGAGUGAUACGAAAGCGUCUUUUCGGUCUCGAUCGCGCGACUUCGCAAAUUCGGUAUGCGUAACUGUGAUCGCCCCGGGAUCUGACUCCGUUCCCCAGGAUCUACUCGAGGAAAUCCCCUCGGAGAACACGGAUAACCGACGGUGGAGAACUCAAGGGAGGCCGCCGCGCAGCCGAAGGAUCGCGUCAGCCGUCGGCAAGACGCGUGCCUCGGCCGAGAUCGGCUGCUCGAUCAUAGCGAUCCCGCCCGCCCAGGAUCGUGUUUCCCGGAAUUCCCGGAAGCUCCGAGAUUGGGAUGUAACGAGGCCUCGGACCUCGCUAGUGUGUUUCGUGUGACAGUGAGAACGGUGAACAACUGUUCUGGUUUUUGUUCUUCGGUUUCCCGCUUUCUGUGCGAUGUGCCACGGUCCCACCGGUCGCCGCAUCCUCUGUCUCGCGUAGUCGGAGCUCGGAACCUCACGAUGGAGUGCCGCAAGGGUCGACGGAAAGGAGGAGCUCCGAUCCUCGGCAGUCUGCUACUUGCGUGGCUUUUAACCAACGGCUGCGCCGUCGUCGCGCGAAAUAUAGAGAGGUACGACACCGCAUACGCUUGCGAGGGCAAGACGCUGGAGAUCGAGUGCGGCGAGGGCAAGCUGAUUCACCUGAUACGGGCGAACUAUGGCAGGUUCUCCAUCACGAUAUGCAAUGAGCACGGGAACACCGAGUGGAGCGUCAACUGCAUGUCGCCCAAAUCGUUCCGCGUGCUGAACAACGAGUGCAACGACCAGCAGAACUGCAGCAUCGUUGCGUCCACGCUGCAAUUCGGCGAUCCUUGCACAAACACACACAAAUAUCUCGAAGCGCACUAUCGGUGUGUGUCUGCGGCCACCACCACGACAACGUCCCGGCCGAGUCCGCCGUGGUUCAUAACUUCACAGCCGAGUGUUUGGAGCACCGCUAAGCCGACUGUCAGGCCUCCCUCGAGGAUUACGACACUGGCGCAACAACCACCCCAGCAACCACCGGCAGUGUCGACCCCGGCGAUGCCGAUAACGACGCCGGCGAGUUCCACGUCAACAAGGUCCUCCGUCGACAUCGAAGUCGAUGAGGAGGAUCAGGACUUAAUACCUCCUGCAAAUGGUUCUCCGGCGAAUAACCCGCCGAUUAUGUUUGAGACCACUCAAGCUACGACAACGUCCACCUUCGCUCCCUGGAGAACCAGCCGAAGGACCACCGUACCCAGCACUCUGUACCCGGAGUCCAGUUCGAACGGCCAGUGGUACGACUACGGUAGACAAGUGUGUCCUCCGGUGACAGCCAGGAACCUGUCCUGGAAUACGACCAGGGCCGGCGAAGUGGCCGUACAGAGCUGCCCGGGCGGUGCCAACGGUCUGGCCAGAUGGCGAUGUCUGGCCCGCGGAGAAUCCGCCUUCUGGCACCGCGACAAUCCAGACUUGAGCGAGUGCCGGUCCGUCUGGCUGACCACCUUGGAGAACCGCGUAACGGACGGCGACGUGAUUCUCGGCAUCAGCAGGGAGCUGUCGCAGGUCACGAACAACAGCCGCGGCCUGUACGGCGGCGAUAUGAUGAUCACUACGAAGAUCAUCAAGAACAUGGCCGAGAAGAUGGCCCUGGACAUUAAGACCUACCAAGACCCGAAUCAGAGGGAGGUCAGCGUCACCGAGCUGCUCCAGGGCGUAGUGAGGACCGGCAGCAAUCUGCUCGACAAGGCGCAAAUGGCGUCCUGGAAGGAUCUCAGUCAUCAGGAGCAGAUGAGGGUCGCGACGUCGCUGCUGAUCGGUCUCGAGGAGAACGCAUUCUUACUGGCCGACACGCUUAUGCACGAGAAGACCAUUAUGCAUGAGGGCAAAAACAUAUUGAUGGAAGUUCGCGUACUGGACGCGCGCAACAUCGGCAACGAGCUGGAAGUUUUCCCGAGCGAGGCAGCCCAGCAAAGGUGGACCGUCUCGAACGAUCGCGUGGAACUUACCAGGGGCGCUUUGCUCGACAACAGCGAGGCCGGCAUCGUUCGGCUGGUCUUCAUGGCCUUUGACAGACUCGAGGAGAUACUGCAGCCGCAAGCGGAGCCGCCGUCCGUUGUCAUGAGCGACGAUCCCCAGCCUCUGCCGCGGAGGAACACUACCCGUCUCCUCAACAGCAAAGUUAUCUCGGCGUCCUUGGGAAAAGGCCGGCACAUACAGCUCUCGGAACCCGUUCGGGUGUAUUUCAGACAUCUGGCGGUUGAGAACGUCACCAACCCCACUUGCGUCUUCUGGGAUUACAUCUUGAGCGCUUGGUCGGACGAGGGAUGCCAGCUACAAAAGACCAACGAAACUCACACCAUAUGCGAAUGCAAUCACCUGACGAACUUCGCCGUGCUGAUGGACGUGCACGCCGUCAGGCUGGACAUCGCCCAUCAGGUCGCCCUGCAGAUCAUCACGUAUAUAGGCUGCAUCAUUUCCGUCGUCUGCCUCGUCCUGGCCAUUCUCACGUUUCAAUUAUUUCGCGGACUGAAGUCGGACAGGACGACGAUCCACAAGAAUCUCUGCGUGUGCCUACUGAUUGCCGAGGUACUCUUUGUUUGCGGGAUCGGCCAAACUAAUCAAAGGAUUGUCUGCGGCAUCGUCGCCGGCUUGCUGCACUUCUUCUUCUUAUGCGCGUUUGCUUGGAUGUUCCUCGAAGGAUUCCAGUUGUAUGUGAUGCUGAUCGAGGUAUUCGAAGCGGAAAAAUCGCGGCUUCGGUGGUACUAUCUGGUCGCGUAUGGCGCACCGUUGCUGGUCGUAGCAAUUUCGUGCAUAAUCGAUCCACUCAGCUACGGUACCGAUCGGUACUGCUGGCUACGCGCGGAUAAUUAUUUCAUCUUCAGCUUCGUCGGACCUGUGAUACUUGUUAUACUGGCAAAUCUUGUAUUUCUAUCGAUGGCGAUCUAUAUGAUGUGCCGGCAUGCGAACACCACUGUGGCCAUGAAAAGCAAGGAACAUUCCCGAUUGGCUAGCGCAAGUGGAAAGGAAGAGAAUGCUCUUCCCAACAAAUUGCAAGCGCACUUGGCCUGGCUGCGAGGCGCUAUCGUGCUGGUGUUUCUACUAGGUCUGACCUGGACGUUCGGGCUUCUCUACUUAAACCAAGAAUCCGUCGUGAUGGCGUACAUCUUCACCGUAUUGAACAGUCUCCAGGGGCUGUUUAUCUUUGUGUUCCAUUGCGUACAGAACGAGAAGGUGAGGAAGGAGUACCGGAAGUUCGUGCGCCGUCAUUCCUGGCUGCCGAAGUGCCUGAGGUGCUCGAAGACGGUGACGGGCGGCUCGGCCGGCUCCACCGGCGGCAGCGGCGGCACCGCCGGCGCCAACGGCGGCAAGGACUUUGCCUCGCACAACACGUCGUCGAACCCCUCGGCCCCUACCACCGACAGUUCCGGACUGUCGCCUCACGCAGCCACCAAUUAUUUGGUAUCCGGUCGAAGCUGGGCGAUAGUCGAUAGGCAGCCGGCAGUAACGGUGCCGGGUGAACCUGCCUCGACCGAGGCUCACAUCGUGGCCACCCUGCCGUACGCACGUCACGCCUUCUUACCCUCAGCUCCCAAUAUCCCCAAAUCUGCCACUGCCACUUGGGGCCACCUUAACAAAAACCUCAUGUGGAAGAACAUUUCUUUUAAGUCCUACUCCCGCGACUCCGGACACGGCGGCUCCGAGCAGGAGGACUCCCCGAGGACGCACAACACCCUGACGCUCGGCCACUCCGGCAGGAGACGCGGGCCGAACGACGCCGGCGAGAUGAACACCGGCACCAGGACGAUCGGCGGUAGACGCGCCGCGAUGCCGUACAACCACACGUAUACGGAGAUCGUGGACGGUCGCGGCAACGGCGGGGUCGCCGGGCAUCAUCAGCUUCACGGUCACCACGGACAACACGUGCACCUGCCGCGCGGCCUCGCCAACGAGGACGAUCCGGUGUACGAGGAGAUCGAGCGUGGCGGCGGCGGCGGCGGUGGUGUUGGCGUCGGCGGCAACAACGGUAGCAACAACGGCGGCAUCGGCAUCGGCAGCGGCAUCGGCGGCAUCGUCGGCGCCGGCGAGAUCCAGGUGUCGGACAUGUCCGACGAGGACGGCCGUCGACAGAGCGAUAUGAGCAGGCAGUCCUCCAGGAGUUACGGCGACCACCGGCCUCUGAUCCCGUACUCGCCCGCCGCCGAUCGCAACCUGGUGCACUACGGUCAGGCGAUGACGGAGCGCGGCGGCGGCGGCGGCGGUCCCGGGCAGGGCGGCGGUAAUCUCGCGCACUACGCCGACUCGACGGAGUACGGGCCGGCCGUAGAGCGGACCCUGAACGCCUGUUGGGAGAAGCUGCGCCGGCAGCAGGCCAGGUAUGAGCUCGGUGAUCUGCCGCGGUUGCCGGCGGCGUACGGCAUGCCGCCGCAGCAGGACCACACGCGGACGGUGGCCGUGCUGGACGGGCACACCGUCGUUUGUCACCUGCAGCCGCAGACGGACAUGUACACGGGUCGCGGAAUGCCGCCACCGUCCUACAGCGAGUGUUAGGUCCCGACAACGAGGACCCAGGCCGGGGAACCUUCCUCGUCUCCCUCGCGCAGGAACGACGGACUUUCCUGGGAGACGGUAUCGCCGAUCUCCCGGCAUGGCGCGAACCGUCUGGACGGUUUCGGGACUACGUGAUGGUGAUGGGGGUGACGGUGGUGAUGGUAUCGAUGAUUCGUUCCUGAAGAAAAUAAUCGGCGUACUCCCAGCCGAGCGCCGGGGAAGAGGACACGCGGGAGACGAACGUGCCGCUUUUUAGCUCAAGCGUAAGCGCAACGGUGUCUUGAUGCAGAUCGUCGCGUUUUAGCCAUAAUCGACGUAUCGCGAGCGUUCUAGGGAAUGCCGCCCUUGUCUCCGUUCAGGUGGAAAUUCGAUCGGACGUCUCCUCGCGGACGAGCGAGACGGAGGGAGAGAAAGGAUGAGAGUGAGAGAGAAUGUGAGAGAGUGAUGUGUGAGAUCGGUGAGCGUCCAACUAAGGCUGUCACAUCGUCCAACAGACGCCCCCCCGUCUCUCUUAAGGUAUACCGUGUACAUGUGCGGGUGAGUGCGUACCACCGCGGACGCGGACUCUGUAUAACACAAUUGUAGCGGACCUCUCGUUUAGGCUAAGUCGUGAUCGGGCGUUUGGAAUCGGCGAACCGCGUGCGCGAAUAGAAGAUCAGAACGUAACGAGUCCUGAUGAAGACGGGAGUUUUUUUGCGAAGUCCGCAAGCAGCCGCGCGGAGAUUGGCUUUCGAAGAGAUUUAUUCGGGGUUUAAGCAUGAUGUUUUUGUAAAUUUUAUACGAGCGUAACGAACCAAAGUUUUAUUAUCUUAGUUGAUGUUGAAAAGCAGCUCGUGGAAAUUUUUGCAAGAUAUCUAUCGUACGUCAUUCAACGCAUUGAUAUUUAAUGUUAACUUCUGUUUGGCACAGAUAUUACGUUAUUACAAAAACUUUGCCAUCUUCUUAGAAAUACUAAAAAUUUCAGUAUUUGGAAUUUAAAGUGCUCGCAACAUCUUCACCGCUGCGAUUUUAUUAAAUUAAUUAAGUCUUUAUUUAUUUUAAUAAAUGCUAUAUUUAGUUCUUUAAAUAGCUCGUAUUUGUUUAUUUUUACAUUUUUUUAAUUGAAAGAAUAUUAUUUCUGUUUUCUUUUUUUUUUUUGCAUGUAUAUUGGUCGUCUUAUAUGAAAGAAAAAAAAAAAUUGAAAAUGCUGGAAAUAUUUAUUUUUUAACUUCCUAGGUAUGCUGAUUAUCGAUUCCAGUUUUUUUUUUCAUAAAAUUUGCAAUGUCUCGUCGAUAUCGAAUUAGGAAGCAUACGUGCUGCGCGUCGUUUCUGCGGGUAUCAUUUCAUCUAAUACACGGCAAUAACAUCCAGCAACAGUGUUACCGAGAUCGAAUCGAAUCCGGAAUCCUAUCCUCGCGCGCGCGCGGCGGACUUCGGGGGAGGAAAUAUUACGGUGAGCAUCGCCGAUACUCGGCACAUCUGCGUCAACCCUUCCCGGACCCGUGCCACACCGCCGCACGAUUGUAAACGGGUCGGGGAGGGUUGCGGGACACGACACAAACCGCGUAUCGUAAGCCGGUAUAUUCAGAUGCGGUAAGUGGAUUCAAGCCCGACGGCUCGGCCGUCACACGUCCGGCGAUAUUAGGUGUCGUGUUGAUCGUAGCAUUAAACGCGGCUCACCGUGGCCGAAUGUAAACCGCGUGUAAAUCACAACGUGACGUACGUAUCGUUUGCAUCUAGUUACGGCGAGCCGCGGCUUUGAUAUGACCCGUUUAACGUCUGUAUCCUCGUAUCGCCGCAAUGCGACGGACGAGCCGAGUCAGUUUUCUUGUCCGGCCACUUCCGAGUCUGCAUACCGUAAAAAGUAUUCGGCGGUGCAAAAGCUUUUCAGGCGUAGAUGAUCGGCGCGGAUCCGAAAUCUAGAGAAGCCAGACAUUGUAACAUAGAUCUAGACAUAUCGCCGCCGGCCGAAUCGUUAACGAUACGCCGGUAUCGUCGACAAGCCGACAUUGUCCGUAUCUCGAUCCUUACGCAGAAUCGACGACGGCUCGAUAAAGGAAUCGGUAUCUUAAUCUGAGGUGAGAUUGCUGUAGCAAUUACAUUAAUUUCGCGUCGAAAGAAGCAUUGAAAUUUACCCAAAGUCUCAGAAUUCAAUGAACAAAUAAUGAUGUUUUUUUCUCUUUUUUUUUCAUGAAUGAGGAUAUUUUUUUAUAUUGUGACAUAAAGUAAUACAACUGGAGCAGUCUCAUCACACGUGACGGUAUCCGUUGCUUCAUUUCAGCGCCUUCUGGCAAACGUGGUAAUCGCAUUAUAUAAAAUUUUGAAAGUAAAUUAUUUAAGAGUUUUGAAUAAAUCGGCUUCAGGCAUAUGCGCAGCUUAAGAUUAAGUAUUUUAUUUUAUUUUUUUUAAAUUUUUUCGCGGUUCUUAAGAAUAAUUGCCUCUCACUUUUUAUGUAAAAUAUUAAGAAUUACAAAGAAUUAUAACAGUCUAAUAUUACUUUUUUAUCUACAAAAUGGGAACUCAGGUACAGAGGUACUGUAAAUAUGAUAUAUCAAAACAUAAUACAAGCUAUUCUGAUAUUUCUUGAUUUUUAUAAAUAUUUAUAUUUCUAUAUUAUUGACAUAUUUAUUGAUGUAACAUGAUUUAUGCGGCCAUUUUUUUAUAUUAAUUUUAAUCAAAGGAGACAAAAAUGAAUGAUGUACCCGAGACCAUUAAUAACUUAUUAAAACUUUUAAAAACUCAACUUAUAACGUUUCUUCACUCGAAAUAAUUCAACAAAACUGGCUAUUAUAAAAUUAAUUCCAAUUAUAUACGAGUAUUUUUUUUUUUUAGAAUAUAGAACACCAGGAUACAUGUCGAUUAAUAUAAACUGCUGCAACGCAAACGUCCGUUCUGGCAUUAUCUUUUUUAUUUGUCCACCUAAAGGAAGCUACUUACUUAUAUUCUGCCUGAAGCCGAUUCUGCGCGAGGCUUCGUCCUGACAUUCGGUGCGUUCCUCGUGCGAGUUUUCGCCGAGUUGUGUUACGACGAGAAAAUAACGAGCGUGUUCUCGGCGCUGAUGGCCGGAAAUUAGAUUUCCUCCCGUGCGGGAAGAACAAAGGAGAAAUCGAGGGGCAAUGGCUGGAGCGCCUUUAUCAGUCGUACGUGGCAGCUCCUCGUCGCGCGCCGCUUUGGAACGUUGCGUUUUAGUCCCAGAACGUUAUUUUUAUAAAUAAAAAAGUGAAUAAAUAAAUAUAUAUAUAUGUAUGUAUAUGUAUGUAUACAGUAACGGAUAUAUUAUUAUUAUUGGGAGGGGGAGAGAAAGCGUGAGAGAGAAAUGGUAAGAAGAAGGGCCCAGGAAUCGUAAGUGGGCGGGUAAAUAUUAGUGAUACAAGCGGAUUUCCCGAGCGACGUGGAAAAAUGCGCGAAAACACUUAGUCACUGUUUUUUACUAUUUUUUAAAAAACAAAACCGUGUAUGUGUACGUGAGAACGCGUGAGCUAAGCUAAUCGUGUAACCAAGGGAUCCCGCGCACGCGCGCGCUAUUUAUUUUUAUCAUCCCCGAGUGUUUUGUAUCGCGAGCGGAAAUUGUGUCGAGUGGGAGUUUGUCGUUUUUCCAACUGUCCCUCGUCGUCUUCAACGACGGAAACCACGGAGGAUCUUUGUCGGACAAUGUCCGCCGAAGAAGAGUAUCGAAAGCGAGCUUCGAUGGUCUUAAAAUGUGGUACAUUGUGGAUGAAAUUACGUUGAGUGGACUAUAUAAUAUCUAUAAUAAUUAAAUACUUGCCAAUAUUUAAAAUCACAAUUUCCUUGUGCGAGAGAACGUUUAUUCCUCUAUAAAUCUGAACGUUUAUUUUAUUUUGUAUUGACACAUUGCACAAAUUCAUUCCUAAUAUGAAAGAGUAUAAUCAAAUCUAAAAGAGGUUUAAGAUUUUUAUUUAGUUAGAAUUUAAUUUAACAAGAUUAACUUGGUUUGCUUAACACGAAACAGUAAUUUACGAGGAAAUUGCACCGGCAAGUGUGAUAAGUUCAACGUAUCUUUGUCCGCUAUGUCAUGACUUCGUGGUUGCUUGAUUUAUUUCUCGCUCAUGAGAAACACGCAUAUAGGAGAAUUGUAAUAGUGAUAAUCGCAUUAGGGGUACCAGCUAUGUUAAGUGUGUAAAUGUGUCUCGAGCAAUUAAAAAAAAAGUGUAAUUGUUCAUUCCGGCGUUCCGAAGCAUGUGUCCAUCAAUGAUUUUUUAAAGCACUCAACACGAGGAAUGUCAGCAUAUCGGUAGCCUUCACAGAUGGUGUUUGCUACGUAAAAGUUUAUAAGAUAAGAGUUAAAAGCUCUGCACUCACAUCUGACAUUAAUUGGCACGACCAAAUUAUAUAUUGCAUCUCGAAUAUUAUCAGAGGCGAUUUAUAUCUGUUAUUAGUGAGUUUCGCGGAAAAGCAGGAUAAUAAAUAAUUUAAUCUCUACGAAUGCGACGUGUCAUAUCACAAAGAUAAAAUUUAAGUGAGUUUUUAUAAAUUAACACAAAUUAAACUAAAUGAAAACGUUAUAAAUACGACUUAUCAGUAACUUAGCAAGAUCACCAGAGUUAUAAAAAUUAUUUUUUUUAGAUAAAAUCCUUGCGAAGAAUAUUGUGAAAUAGGGAAACAUUAUUAUUUAGUUGUAUCUUUAUAAAAGAACUUUAUAAGAUUUCUUACGUCAAUUAAUCGGGAUAAUCGCCUCUGAAAAAACGUUAUCUAAUAUAAAUAUUAUAAAGUCUUUUAAUACGUAUAAUCAAGAAUGCCGACAUCCCUUUACUAUCGAAUUCGAUUCAACGCCGCAUUUUCUUAUCAGAUCAUUUCUUAAAGCUGCGAUUAUACGAUCCGGAGAUUACGAGCUGCUUAGAGUUUAAGUUUCGCCAUGACUGAUUUACCAGAGAGCAAUUAAACCAGAAAGAGGUAGCUUGUGUGUAUAAUUUUCUACGACCGGGGGAAUUACGAGCCUCAACCGCAUAACGUAUAAUUGCCAGGCAAUUGUUGAAAGCACCCACAUUCCAUCCGUUCGACGUUCGUGCGAACUUAGGAAGGGAGGAAAAAGGCCGUCGUGGGCCCGAAAGUCGAUCACAGCGUGUCAGAGACGAGAGACAAUAGUCCGUAUUCUCGACGCAUCUUUAAUGGACGAAAAGGGCGACGAUCUUGCGCGAGAAAAAUUAAACGUCUGCAAACUUUAGCCGCCAAACUUGCGGCGAGCGCACAUUCGCGUUUAGUAUUAAUUAAACAUGCGACGAGAAUGCGGCAGAGGACGCGUCCCAGUUCGAGGCGUCCCGAACUAGAAGUUUCAUCGCGUGCACGAACAGGGACACCGCGCGUGGACACGUUCGUACGCAAAGCGUUAUCAAUGUCGCGAAGGACUCUGGAGUGCGAGAGAGCUGUAUGUACAUAAAUGUAAAUAGGGCUUUGUACAUGUUGGAAUACUUGUAAUGUAAAGUGGAGCGCGAGCGCGAGAGAUCGAGAGUAUAGCGAGAGAAUGCGAGAGACCCCUGAGAUUGAUGACCGAUAGACAUGCGGAAAGAGAGCAUACCUAGGGUAAGUUUACUAGUAAGUAGCGAUGCUAUUACGAGCUAUUAUGUAUUAUCGGUGACGCGGCGCGGAUGACGCGCGCAUGGCGGAUCUUAACUUAAGUCCCAACGCGUAUUAGUUAAUGUGUAAAUAAACUAAGCGAAAGGAAGUAAAAUAUUAAAGAGCCCAAGUAAUCGUUGGAUAUUUAUAACAAACUCCACUAAAAGUAGGCCGACGACGGAGAGGUAAAACGAGACGGUUGGGAUCGAAACUCGCAAAGUCCACAUCUCGGGCGCGAAAUUUCUACUUGGUGAUCCUUUUCGCAUUUUUCGCUAGAAUUUUUCAUAUUUAUUUUAAAUAUAAAGUUAUAUUUAAAGCGGUCUUUUUAUCUCUCUCGAGGAAGAGAAUCGAUGAGGCCAUCCUGGUGUUUUGAGUAUAAAAUUAUAUCUAGAGCCUCGCUCUCUCUUGUAACUCGCUUUAAACGUAAAAUUAUAUUCAAGGCGAACCUUACGAGAGAUAUAGUUUUAUGUGCGAAAAUAAGUUCGGAGAGCGGAUCUUGGAUUUUACGGAUUACGAUCUGAGUGUCUCGAGUGUAAAACCGAAAAGAAAGAAAGAACGAAACAAAACGUAGUCGAGCACACUCGUCCACAUGUGUAUCGCUGCGCGAGAAAGGAUCAAAGGAUAAGGGAAGGACGCGUGUGCGGCGUUAAUCGAAUACGGACAGACGAUGUACAGUGCAUGUUUUAUCCUUAGCCGUUUUAUAAAUGUAAAUAUCUUCCUCCUCCUGCUCCUCCCUCCGUGAGACCACUCUCUUUUCAUCUCUUCUUCUUAUUCCCGCCCAGCUUUCCCGCGGUAAGAAAAAAAGGCGCAAGAUUAAUUGAUCGUUUCAAUCGAGAUGUUUCUUCUUCUAACGUAACGAUCCUUUAUUAUCCGCUCCAUCUCCCGAUCCCUUACUUAGAACCCCCCCUUCUCCGUAAGUCUCCUAACUUCGUCCUGCGAGAUACUUAGCGGAUAAGCUUUUAUUUUUUGAAGUGGAGGAAAUGAAAAUGCGUCGGGCAUAGCUAAAAAAGAAAUUAAUUCUCUGUCGAUUCAUCGCCGCCUUCCAGGACCGAUUAGAAACAUUUUUGGAGCCUCUUACGAAGUAAUAUUUGCGUCCCGUAUACUGUAUAUACUGUAAUUUGCAGUGAAUGAAUGGAAGAUCGCGAGUUCACCGCGUAAUUACUUUACACUUGUUUCAUAUAUAUACUUAUUUCUCCAAUGUAAAUCGCGGUCGCAUGGGGCAUCAAAGUGGACGGUCUCUGCAGUAGGCGCAAUAAUUGCGGGUAGCGUUAAUUAAUUCUUAGCCUACUAUUGAUAUCUCCAAGCCCCAGAAACAGCGUAACAGUGACGGUUGACUAUACUAUCCGGUAUAGCUUGACGAUAGUCGCGUACUAUAGUAUUACAUUAUGCUAUACGACUAUACUGUAUUUAGUAUAGUUAAUAAUAAUAGCCAUAUUAUAAUUCUUCUGCGACUAUUACGACUGAUUACUAUUUAAAGUUUGCUGGUACUUAGAGAUGUGUCAAUAGAGGGAAAAGGCUUAAUCCGCUUCCGGCCAUAUUCUUCUCCCAAACCGUCGAAUUGAGAAAGCCGCGAAGAUCACGAAUUUUUAAGGUCCACGCGAUCGCAAAUAAUUCAUACAAUUCUGUGAUUUUAUUUUUUACGUUUUUUCUUCGUGAUGUAAACGAUACUUAACGCUAGAACGCUAACCAGAGCCAUCGGUUCACCAUUCGACUCAGAUGCCAAUUCUUUGUUUGUCUAUUGAUAUAUUCCUCAUAAUUAAUGCAUAAAUAAGGUUUAUAUUAAUGACGAUCAACGAUAUUUUCUCUUUAUUUUGCAAUUACAUUUUAUGAAAAAAAUAAGAGCUUUUUAACACUUUGUGGCAUCGCGAUUAGUACUUUUGUAGCAAUCUAAAGGAAUUUUAUUUCAAACGAUCCGGCGUUAGCAAUAAAAUAAGAGCAAUUACUUAUUACGGUAAUUGUUAGUUUUUUUUUCAAACUUCUGCAAAUUAUUUUCUUUUGUAUCGCUUCUCUUUGUUUGAGAUCAUAUGUCGCAAAAUGUUGAUACUAAUUACUAAUUACGUUAGCGUUCUAAGGUUUAAGCACGCGCACACUUAAUAGUACACGCAUGAGUUUUCUGUACUACGUCGCCUGCCUGCGCAUGCUAAAAAAGAAAGAAAGUUUAACGAAGAGGAGGAAAGGUAAGGGUAGAGGACGAAGAAGAAUGUAAAGCCUAGGUAUCUCCGAACUAAUAAGAGCCUCCGUUUCCUGAUUUUUGUAUGCUUCUUUAAAACUGUCUGAUACAAGGAAAAACAAAGGAUAAAUAAAUGUGUACCAUUCUCUGAAUAAAA